UGAUAUAAAGAAGGCGUAUCAGCCAUUUUUCGGCGAUACGUGCUCUUCAAAGUUGAAAGUGGGAGGGAGCUGUUCGGUUUUUCUGUGAUCUUAAAAUUAUUACAAAGGAUACAAUGGCGGACAGUCAACAACCACUUUACACGCCCUUCUUCGGCGUGAUGGGAGCAACCGCCGCGAUGGUUUUCAGCGCCCUCGGAGCAGCGUACGGCACAGCGAAGUCUGGCACGGGUAUCGCGGCCAUGUCAGUCAUGCGACCCGAGCUGAUCAUGAAGUCCAUCAUCCCAGUUGUCAUGGCUGGUAUCAUUGCCAUCUACGGUCUAGUCGUGGCUGUGCUUAUCGGUAGCGCCAUCAAGAAAGAGUACUCUUUAUUCACAUCAUUUUUGCACUUGGGGGCAGGCCUUAGCGUCGGCUUGAGCGGUCUGGCGGCGGGCUUCGCCAUCGGCAUCGUCGGAGACGCGGGCGUCCGCGGAACGGCUCAGCAGCCGAGACUCUUUGUCGGCAUGAUCCUGAUCCUCAUCUUCGCUGAGGUGCUGGGAUUGUAUGGGCUCAUCGUCGCACUCAUCAUGUACUCUCGAGGUUGAGCAACUCUUUGUUCCCUCACCCGCUCCCCCUGCAUGCACUGAAUGAAAACCAGGUGGAAAGAAGCAAAGAAAAAAAAAAAACUUUUUAUUUCUUUUUGUGUGACCUACACUUUCUGUUGUAUUUAUUUCCUGUGUACAGAUGCUGAAGAAAAAAUAGUGGGAUCCAACAUGUUUUUUUUUUCUUUUUUGGUGCUCAUUCCCACUAAUUUUUUUUGGAGCAAAAAAUUGUAAGAUUGCAAGCCUGGAUGUGGGGGAUCAUUAAAAUGGAAUGUGAAAUUUUGAACGUGGCAGCCACGCCGUCAUUGUUGUUCCUGUGUACAUAUGCUGUACAAGAAGCUCUUUAUCAUGUUUGUGUGUGAACAAACAUUCCAAAGAUGAAACGGUGGGAAUGAGAUUCUUGUCGUUAGUCGAAAAUGGAAAAGUUUACCCGGGUACGGAAUUUCUUUUGUCUUCAAGCUGUUUACUGGAACUUGGUACAGUCUGUCUGUUGCAGUUUUUCUACAUAAAGUUGUACAAUAAACAUUGCUAGUUAUACCAAGCGAGGUUUUCUUAGACUUUCCGCGUGGCGAUAGUUCACAUCGGCAGCAGCAGUGCAUGCUAGAUCUCGUUGCCUUGCAUCAGCAUUGCCGUUUUUAGUUUCUUCAACAUGCAACAAAUAUGUCGGUGUAAUUGUACUCCUCCUGUACUGCAGCAAAAUAAUUUUUUUUUCCAGAUUAGUUAGGUCAAGCUUGCACAAUGUAUGUGAGUAAUUAACCGUUGAACAUCUGUGUAUAGGGGUAAAUCGAGCACUACCAAAAUAUUGCCUCUUAAACACCUACUUACAUGAAACAGAAGCUCAGAGGUUAGUUACUAGAAAACAAAAACUGCAUUGGUAGCUGCUUCUCUCUGUUAAGGAGGGAGUAAUGUGCACAUCACUUUCUGAAUGUGCUUUUGUGUUAAUUUUUAUUCUUCACCCUCCCACAUAUACAUAAAUAUAUAUACAUAUACUAGGUGUAAAUAUGUUGGAUCAGCAAUGUUGUGCUCUGAUGCGUGUGUCUGUCUGUGUCGUCGUUCAGCAUAAUAGGAGUUUGAAAAUCUUAGAUCUACCGAAAUGAGUGUAAAAUGGUAUGAAGUGAGGGAAGGAAUAUGCUACUGCCACCUCAUUAUGUCUGUCUUCUGAUUAAAAAUUCUGCACAAAUCGAAUUAUGCUCCUCAUACCUUAUUUUGUUGGAUCAAAUUAGUUUUUCAUUUUAUUUUUCUUAGUGAAGCAUUUGUAAAUAUAGGUAUAGGUCUAUAGUAUUCCGUGUGGUCUCCUCAAAAAAACAUAAGCCACUUCUUUGAUGUGAGCUGAGUGACAGACAUUACCACGACAACGUAGGGUGAACACCCAGUAUACAUGUUUCACUGUGCAUUGGUUUUUCGGCUUUUGAAUAAAGGUUCAGUUUGAAACAAGUC